AUGCUGACACGUGAGGAAUGGAGCGUGGCAUUGGCGCCCCUGUGGAAAGAAUACUACAUGACAGACGACGACAGCGACAUCAACGAUGCCGAGAUGCUUCCCGCGUUGCUUGGAUUCAAGGACAUGCUGAGUGAGAGUCGCAAGCCUGACGGGUUCUUGGCCCACUACAAUUUAUCCGAUGCGGAUGUGGUCAUGGUUCCAUGCAAGCAAUUGUUUUCAUUGUUCGGCGAUGAUGCGUACGAUUGUUUCGUGGUGGGGUACGACCACUACUUGCGGAGUUUGGGGUUGGCGCUGUGCAUGCUGCGCCACGAAGAGGAGCUGGACGCGUCCGAAUAUGAUAUCCAUCCCCGUCCGCGCUUGGAGAUGAAUGCGGAAAAGAUCAACGUGCGGGUAGUUGGGCUGGAGCCAGAGACGUCAAUCGGAGACUUGAAGGCGCACGUUGUGGACCAUUUCGUGUCGGUCACGGGCACUGUCACACGUGUGAACGCGAUCAAGCCCCUCGUCGUGCAGUGCGAGUUCCUCUGUGAAAAGUGCGAAGGGGUCACGCAGCGGUACUUCCCGGACGGCAAGUACGACCCGCCGGCGGCUUGCGGGACCUGUCGGAGUAAAUCAACGCUCAUUCCGAACCGCAGUGCAGCCAAGACGGUGGAUUUCCAAAAGAUCAAAAUCCAAGAAGUCGACAACGGAGACGCCGCUGCGGGGCGUAUCCCGCGUAUGGUGGAAGUGGAGCUGACAGAAGACCUGGUCGAUUCGUGUGUUCCUGGCAGCAUUGUGACCAUCUGUGGGGCGGUCAAAGCAGUAAAUUCGGAGGUACACAGCGGCCGAUUUGGCAAACAAGCGCAAGCGAGUAGCUUGUAUGUGCUCUACAUUGUCGCCAACUCUGUCGUAACCCUCAACCAAGCCGAGGCGUCACCGACGGAAGACACAAACGAGUUCUCGGAUCAAGACUUGGAUGCGAUUUGCAAAAUCGCCCACGACGACCAUGUCUUUGAUCGCCUCGUUCAUUCGUUUUGCCCUGGCAUUUAUCGCAACGAACUGGUCAAGGCAGGCCUGUUGUUGGCGCUGUUCGGAGGAGCCCAGAAGAAGGAAGACAACGCAGUGUUCACCCGAAGUGAUUCGCAUGUCCUGCUCGUGGGGGACCCAGGUCUCGGGAAGAGCCAGAUGUUGCGUGCUGUGUCUAUGAUCACUCCUCGAGGUGUAUAUGUCGGCGGCAACACAGCAACGACUACAGGACUCACAGUUACCAUGGUGAAAGACUCGUCCGGGGAUUACGCCUUGGAAGCUGGGGCGCUCGUGCUGGCCGACCAGGGCGUGUGCUGCAUCGACGAGUUUGACAAGAUGGCGUGCGACUACCAGGCGUUGCUGGAAGCGAUGGAGCAGCAGAGCAUCAGCAUUGCCAAAGCCGGCAUCGUGUGCAACCUCAACGCUCGCACGUCCGUCAUAGCUGCUGCGAAUCCAUCGGGGGGUCAUUACAAUCGCAGUCGCAGCGUGAGCGAGAACCUCAAAAUGAAGGCAGCGUUGCUGUCUCGAUUCGACUUGAUCUUUGUGCUCCUCGAUCGUCCGGAUGCGUCAAGGGACCACAUGCUGUCCGAGCACGUCAUGCACAACCAUUUGGCCAACAAACACAAGCGCCAGCGACGAGAUGACCCGCCGAACACCGCGUAA